UUCGAAGCCGCAAUGCAUCGACAAUAUCAGACGUAUAAAAUCGACGGGCGCCGACAGCUUUUAAUCAGCGAAAUCUCAAUAGCACCCAGUGUCAAUAGUUAAUAAUAUAAAUAGUAAAUAUUGUAGAUGCAUUGCGACCUGGGAUACCGGCUCUCAAGCCAUUUGAAACGUCAGGUUGUCUAAAAAUUUAACCUAGAAAUCGGAAGGAAUCUUGUGGACGAUGUUUUACGAGAUAUUUGUAAAUUUGAGUCGAUGAUUCAUUUUAUUUUCUCGAUUUUUCGACAUGUGAUUGCAAUCUGAAUUUUUUUUAAAAGGUAUUAUUUGAAAGCCAAUAAAAAUGCCUUCGCCGAUGAUGACAAUGAUUUAUUCUCCAUCGACGAACCUCGUGGACACGGUGAUCGACGAGGUGGCCCUGGAGGGUCUCGAUGGAAUCACCCUGGAGGCCCUCUGGCAGCGACUGGCCUUGAGACUACAGAUUCCUCACCCUCUGCCCACACCCCUGAGGGAGCAAGUCUGGUCGAUCUGUAUCUCCACCAAGGACCUCCUCUUCUACGAACUCGAGAGCCCCAGAGGCCCUCUGGUUAUCUACGAUCGUUACGAAUUCGUGGAUCCCGACCUGGGGACAAUCCUCGAGCCAGAGGAUCUCCCAGAUGACAUUUACGAGCACUACCCGAUCGACGAUAUCAAAACCGGUGUCAGAGGUUCCUGCAAAAGCUAUCACACGAGAAAGCUCAUCGACUCGAUCAGGACCAUUAGCCUGGCCAGCGCUGAGGAGAAAUUCGGCCAGAAUUUAGUGAUCGUUGGGGCUCAACCCACGAGACAGAACGCCCUCAUGGGUGAUACCGCCUCUCCUACCCUGGAGCUCACCAUCGUGCAGUACUGCUUCCUGGAGCGAGUGGGAAGAUCCAGAUAUCACGGUGAAGUUACCCAGGGCAAACGUAGCCUGAGUAUUCUCGGGGAGGAGUCCAAAUCCCUGUUUUAUCACCGAAAAUUUCUAUCGAAACACAAAAUGAUAACAAAGCAAACGCAUUACCAGAAGAGUGCGUCUGCUGGUCACGGCAGCAGUGGAACUCUCGUGCAUCUUCCCAGGUUCUUCGUUGAGCGAAAGCCUAAGAUGAUUUAUCUGGCUGAAUCGAUUGUUGAGAUCCUGAGAACACGAGAUAACUACAUCGCUGAUUACAGUGAGAUAAAGAAGAAGCUGCAGUUGGACAGGACAAUAAAAAAUUUAUUCAAGCUAGCAAUUUUUCAGAAAAUCGUGAGAACCGAUCUCCUGGUGCCCUACAGGACAUUGUACCCUCACGCUGACAUUUCUGAGUGGCAAAGGAAGGCUAUGCCCUUGGAGAAAAAGAUCAAGGCUAUCCAGCUGCUCGAUCCGAACAUCGAUGUCAACGAGCUGUGGAAUAAAGACGACCUGGAGGAAGAAGAGAGCCCCCAGGUGUAUGAUCUGGAUAUAUCGAAGCAGAAGAUCAAUGAGCCUCUUCUCACGCAGGCAAAUCUGCACGUGGAAAGUGCCAACUGCGAUGGACUGAGCCAGACUGAGCUGGGGAAGUGCAUGGGUCUGACAAAACUCCAGGCUAGAACCAUCCUGAGGAAUCUCGCGAAGAUGAAUAUCGUUGGGACCUACAUGAAUGACGUGGGACGUCAGAGGAUGACCAAAUAUGUGUCCAAAAGAUUUGAGAAGAACAGUGCAAUCAGCAAACAAUUCAAGACUGAAAUGAUCAAGAUGAAGGCACUAACGAAGCCUCAAACUCUUCAAAACCAUCCUCCAUCUGUCCCAUCUCCCCCGGUCUCCAUUGAUCCUCCUCCAGAGGCUCCCAAUCCAGAACCUGUCGACGAGAGGAUGGAGACGAUGGAGAGGAUGGAGAUAGAUGAGCAACUUCCCUCCCCUAAAACCUCAAAGGAAAACCUGAGAGUGUUGUUUACGUCUGCAAAUCGUAUCCUCAAUAAAUAUAAACUCUACAAGCUUCAUAAAUACCAGCUGACCUGUCAGGACCUCUCCGGGGAGCAUAGCAAGCACCUCCACUCAAGAACGAGAAAAUUAUCAGAUCAAAUGAAAAAGAUUUCGUUACCACCAGCGAAACGUCGUAAAAUAGACUCAACAAAAUUCUCGGAAUCCGACACAUGUGAGAUCUCCCUCCAGGAAAUAAAAAUUCCUGUGAAUCCUCGGGCCAGACUGAGGAGCCUCUUGAAAGAACUCCAUUCAGACAACCCUCGAACCACUGGCAACAUCACCUACCGAAUUCUGAAACGCGCAAACAUGAUUAUAGAAUCAGUUAAAGAGCACAAGGUAAUCGACGAUACGACGAGACUUAUGAGAAUGAUCAACGAGGAGGAGGAGCGUGAGGGAUACGACGUAAAGAUCGACAAAAAAUCACUGAUCAGACUCCUGCAGAAGCUAGCUGGUGACAAUCUCGUCAAGCACAUCAAUCUCACCCUGACCUCCAAGGGGAGAAAAAAAAUGAUCACAUUCAUCUGCGAUCCCAGUAUCGACGUCAAUCAUACGGUAAUUCAAUCCGCUGUGGAGCAAGCGAAAAUUAAAUUCUGCGUGAUGAGGUGUCCAAGGUCAAAGGCCAAUCACUCACAAGCAGAUAACGAGAAAAUCACCCAAAAACCAUUGAAAAAGAAAUCCAAGCAGGACAUGGAUCCGCUGGAAGUUCCUGCAGACAUAAAAUACGAUCCAAAGGCUGGUAAGAGGUACGGGUACAGUCCCAAAUUCGUCAGGAUGCAGGUGAUCCACCUGCUACUUUAUCAUGUUAUUUAUGAUUACCCUGAGCCAUCGGUGCUCUCUCAGGAGGAGGAGAUCAACCGACUCCGUGCCAGUGGCUAUCAGAUCGACAGUAAAAUGGAGAAGGAGAUGGGCAGGAUCUACGAUAAUGAGGUCAGUUGGAAGAUGUUCAUUCCUCCAUUGGCACCCCACGAAGGCUGGCCCCGUGGCUGGGCCCUCAUGUGUGACAUUCUCCACAGGAUGCCCCUCUCAAUAUUCCUAAAAUUCUGCAAGAUCCCCUACGAGAUGGCAGAUCUUAAUUACUACCUGGACGAUCCCAUCAGGAAGCACACUCUCAUUAAAGAACUUCCCACGCUCCUCAGAAAUGCUCUCCUCCAAAACAGAAAGUACAUAUAUAGCUUUCACGAGACAAUAUCAAGACUGUGCUUCAUUGGACUCGUUCAAUUCGGCCCCCAGAAGCUGAAGCACAAGGAUCAGGUGUUCCUUUAUCUCAACAGAAGGAGUGAAUUGUACGACACGACAACUUCAGCUCCGAGUUACCACAAGAUUUCCGAGGACAGCUAUCCAAGGUACUCUUACUACUUCGACAAGGCUGAGACUGUGGAAAAGUACUGGUAUGACAUGUGGAGUUUUUGCAUUAACACACACUUGGGAGGGAGACUGGUGGUUCUGGGGACGGAUAUCGUACUGGAGGAAUUAACGAAAAAGCCUGAGAUGAUGGAGACAUUGAAGCCUCGAUCACCAGAGGAAGCUAAACUUCUUGACAUUGGAAUUCUCCCUGGGGACAAGAGGGGAGCAGCUGGCAUAGACUCUGCAUUUUUCGCUCAUUUGAAACGAAACUGGAACUGGGACAAUUUCCAGCGCAAGGACAGUCUCCCUAAGGAUAAUAUACCUGAGAAGACACCUGUUCAGACGACUAAAAGGAACAUGCACCUCUCUAAGAUCGAGGCAAAACCCCUCAAGUUCACUGACUUCAGGGGUCUCAAGAAGAGUGGUCCUACUAAUUUGGAUGUCAAUGAACUGAAGGUGCCGAAAAAUCAGAAGGCCUCACUAUUCAUCACCUCUGACAAACACCUGAGGCACAAGAUCCUGACGAGCAAGAUGAGUAAACAGAAUGCCAUAGUGAGGAGAGUCCUGCCCAAGAAGCAAGUUAAAAAAAGUAGCACGAAAGUCAAGUACGACGACAUUGAUUACUCUGCCCUCCAGAAGAUGCAGAAGCUCAGGGUGGACUGGGACCCUCGAGAGGACAACAUUCUCCUCGUCUGCAAGGUGGUGAUGACUUAUCUCUGUCCAAAUCCCAGGAGACAAUUGAUCAAUUGCACUGCAGUUAGGGAUGUCUUGAGGUCUUACUCAUCGAGUUCUCACAACAAAACGUCGAGGGCUUGCCAGAGGAGACUGCUGUAUAUGCUGAAGAAGCCCCAGACGAUGCAGUCAGUGGGCCUCGGGGUCGAGGAGAUUAAGCAGAAUUAUUAUGUCCACAAGAGGUACGACAACAUCGUAGAUAAAAUCAGGCAGGAACAUCCUAACGAUUCCGAGAGUAAAAUCGUGGAGGUCUUCAAGACUCUCGUGUCAUACGUUGCCAAAAAAUAUUACGACAUCUCAGAGUCUGGGACGAAGGAAGUCGAACACAUGCCCAAGACAAUUCAAGAGUUCAAUUUGUUUUAUCAUGUUACUCAUCCCCAGAGGCCACACGCCCAUCUGGGAUUCACUCAGAACGUCAAGAGUGUCAAUGAUAUUCACACAGCAACCAUCAAUUCUGUCAUCUACAGCUCAAUGUGCUGUGGAAAAGAUCGUAGAUCGUGGGCGUAUCAGCUUUUCAGGAUUUAUCAGCAGUACUCAGAAAUUCUCCUCAAGAACGCCAUGGGGAAGAUCAGGGCUGAUCACAUGGUGUGCGUCAAGAAGCAUUAUCUGAAUGCCAUUAAAAAAUUCGGCAAUUGCAUGCCAAUGAGUUCCUCCCAGUACCAGCUGAGUACUGGUUACAUUUACAAAUUCCAGACUAAAAUUUCUCCUGAGGUUUACGACGACGUAUUCGAAUUUCUGAAGACUGUGGUCAAAGGAUACAGGGAGAACACCCUUGGAGAAGCUGGAGGCGUCGAGUGUGUGCCUCCAACUGGUGGAAUGGUCAUGGGAAUUCCAGAGUAUUUUAUCGAGGGGAAAAUUGAUUUCAAUGUUGAGAUCCCUGAUCAUGUGAUUAUGCUUGAUCCCAAGCUCCAGGAGUACGACGAGACAUACAUCAGGAUCGUGAAGAGAUACCAGGACAUCCUGACUAGUCUGGAGCAAUCCGAUCUUCAGAGCGUCGAGCCUUCCAUCCCCAGAAUUCAUUCUGCUACCUCGAUGCAGAAAGCAGAGGACUCUCCAGACUGGGAGAGAAUUAAAAUCGAUGUGGAGACUGCACCAGCAAAAUCCACGAGGAAAGUUGGCCCGAUGAAGACCCACUGGACUCAUAAAGAAUUGAGAAAACCCUCAAGAGAAGACUCUAGUACAGAUUACGAUUCAAAUAUAGAAGAAGGCAAAAGCGAUCUCGAUGAUGAUGUUGAUAACGACUACAUAAAGCUCCAGGAUGGAACAAUAAUUCCAAUCACCAAAGGAGAUAUUGAAAUUGCUAAAUCGACCCCAGUGGACGAUCACGUACACCAAGCGUUCCUAAAGACUCGGAAAGAAGCGGUCGAGGAUGUAUCAGCAUUCAGUGUUAUCGACCAGCUCAAGGAGAUCGUCACCGGGGAAACCACAAAAAUGUGCGUCGAUCCUCCCGAAAAAAGGGCGAAGAGGAGACAGGAGAGGGACACCUUCGAGGACAACUCGAACUUUCCACCAAAAUCUCCCACUAGUAAAACCCCGAAGUACCUCAACGACGUCAUAGCGAAAAUGGAUUACAGAAAAGACUCGAAAUUCGCUCAGAAUCAGAGAGACAAGAGCUCAGGUAACACUGGCUCUCCUCACACCGGAUUAGCUCUGUUAACGAUGAGAGAGGAACUCAAUGAAGACGUUCCUGAUAGUCACCACGCGCAUGAGUACUUCGUGGUAAACUCGUUCGGAAUAUACUACUCAUUCCCUCAUCUCCGAGUGAAAACUGAGGAGCAAUCAGAGUCUUGCGAGAGUUUGAUAAAAUCUGGAGGAUUACUGGUGGUGGAGGACAGCGUCUACAAGAAGGUUCUCGCAGAUCUCAGGAAAUUUGCAGUUUUUCCCAAAGAAUUUCCAGAGUACGAUCGAAUAACAGAAUUGUUGAUGAUAAAGGGAAUUGAGAAGGCAGAUGUUGACGUGGUGUACGAAUAUGUCGAGAGUAAACAAGAGCAGGGUGCGACGCUGGAGGAACUUGUAGAGAAUUUCCACAGGAAACUUCAAGUUCAUUUAUACGAGAUCCUGUCGUUCCUGACUGAUUACCGACUCCUCCUGCGAAGUGGAGUAACACGAAUGCACUACAUUCAUCACAAAUUCGUGGAUCCUUGGCUGAUUCAGUCGAUCAGGAUAAUGAGACUGCAGAAGGAGUCACUACCACCAGUGCCACCUGGAACGGUUUACGUUCUGAAUCCUGACAGCGAGGCUGUGACAGCCUCUGAGCCAUCUGAAUCACCGGGUUGCAAGAAAAAUCCUAGCACACAGGUGAGUCCAAUUCUCUCUACCAGCGAGCACCAGAAGAACCUCCCCAAGAAGAGGACCUGCCUCCUCCAGACAAAGGACAUCUACAAUGCAGCCAAGAAACUCGACAUGAAUUCGGCUGAGGAUAUCAAUGUUGUUGUGAGACCUUGGAUUCAAAUUGAUGGCUUGGUAAAUAGGAAGGGCCUUGAGCAGAUGCUGGGAGCCGUCCUCGGACACUGCCUCAUGCAUCCUGGAAUCAUGCUACCUAGGGUUCAAGAACGAUUUAUCCCUGCUCUUCAACCUUAUCACACCAGGGAGCUCGUUGAGAUUCUGGUGAAGCUGGGGUGUUUGGGGAUUAAAGUCCUGCAGAAGGGCCCUGUUAAUCUUUUCUCUCAAUCUACCUCUACGAUACUCACACAACCGAUUCAAGGUCAUGGGGAGAGUGAGUACGAUAAUGAGAUGAUCAUCGAACCCACCAUCGGGGCCGUCAUCAAGUUCUCGAGUUUCAUCAGGAAGAAUCGAGAUCAGCUCUAGGAAGUAUCAUUAUAAUAUAUUUAUGAUUAAUAAUGCUCUCAAGGUAAUGUUCUCUUACGAGAGAAAAUGAGAGAAUAUUUUUAUGCGGGAGAAUUUCACGGCGAACUCCUUAUUUUUUUUAUCGUUCUAGUUUGCAAUGUGAAACUUAAAGAUUGGGAAGGGUUAAAUAAUAUUCUGUCGGUUUUGUCAUUCAUUUAUUAACCAUUCAUAAUAACAUAUGUUGUUUCUAGAAAAUUCAUUAAUGUAAGAAUAAAUAAAUUACGGUACAUAUUUACGUUCGAAACUGUACAUAUCUAAUUAUACGAAUUGAAAAACACGACUGAAGACUUUAUCACAUUACUUAACACCUAUGAAA